AUGGCGGUUUGGCUCGACAAAGGACAGAGAAGGAGUUGGGCAAGCUAUGGGGCGCUAGGCAUGGGGCCCGUGGCGGCCGUUGGGCGCCCGCCCAACGGUCACAUUAUGCGCAAGCUCGCGAUGAGCUCAGAAGAGCUAGGCGAGGUCCCCGUGCCGUGGCCUUGGCUACCCCGGUUGCCUACCAACAAUGUAAGGCAGGCAUGUGCUCGACGAGUCGACGGCGGCGCGAAGAGGGCCUUUGUCCUCGAGGUCAGGCACAAGAACGCCGGCGAAAAAGCAGGAAGUAUUCCCAACUCCCGUCUGUCGUCCGUCGUCUCCAUGUUGCAACAAGUUCGUCCUGUACCGUGGUUUCCGGACGGCGGGAGCUGUCAGGUUUUAGAGAAGACCUUGAUUUUCAAGAAGCGUCUCCUGUUUCGAGAUUCAUCCGAGGUUGCUCUCUCGCACAAGCCCCGCCUGGGGUGA